AUGGCCAAAUCUACACGCCAGGCCUGGCAAUUGUUGAUGCGCCACAGCCUAACACGCCCCUCGGAGGAGGCAAGUCAAUACGCCAAAAUAUAUCGACUCCUUACUAAUUUCUUAGACAACCUGCAAGUCGCAAUUGACGUGUCCGGUAAUGGCCAAUUACCAUGGCCGGCAUCAACCGAGCCCGACUCAUCCACUCUGUUCCACGACAUCACACUCUUCUUAACCUCCGAGUCGCACAACUUCACCAUCUCCAACGGCACAAAGCCCGCAUCUAACACAAGCUACGUCGGUCCUGUCUUGGACCUAGAGCCCUCAUCCACCGUUAAACAUGUGAACUGGAUUUGGCCCGAAUGUCUCGUGGGAGAUGGCUCUGACUCAGAAGACUCGGCGCGCGGAGCCUACAACAUCUCCAUGCACCAAUCUUUCCGUUGGAAUGGAACCGACUAUUAUACUGUCUUCGACCUGCCGAUCUCUGUCACCAACAGUAUACCCGAUAGUGACGACCGGAUCGACUGCGAUCUGCUGGAAAAUAAGCUUCUUAGCGCGGCGGAGAUCGGCGAGAGCUCGGAUUCGCUGCCUGGGCAGCCGUGGGUUGAGGGUGGAGCUACGACAGUAUCGACUCCCGAUGCGACUGGGACGGGAGCGGGUAAUCGGUGUCAUUCGGGCUUCAAGAGAGUAGCUGGCCUUGCGAUUGCCACGACGGCUAUUUUGCAUUUCCUGGGUCCAGUAUGUCAGGAACAUUAUAUCGCGUACAUCGCAACCGACCCCGACAUUGACACCAAACUCUCAACUCGCUCACUUUCCAUGACGCUUUUGUCCGCCUCCCGACGAGUCCUCCGGUACCGCAUCGCCCGAGCUCUGAUCAUAAUUUUCACAAUAUGGAAUCUGGCCGAAAUACACCUGAUUCAUCACCGAAUUUACGAAGCAGAUUAUACAGUUCUCCGACGCCGGCCGCAAAAACAAGAACGAAUAUAUAUUGCAAGCAUCAAUUGGAACAAUGAACUAGUUCUACGCAGUCACUGGAACAAGGCACUCACGCAGCUGGUCUUGAAGCUUGGUCCUGAAAAUGUGUUCAUCAGCAUCUACGAAAGCGGGAGCUAUGAUAACACGAAAGGCGCGUUGAGAGAACUGGAUUGGGAACUCGAGCGAAUGCGGGUGCCACGGAAUAUCACUUUGUCACCUGUGACACAUGAAGAUGAACUUGCCGCACCCGCAAUGGGCGAGGGUUGGAUUCGCACUCCUGAUGGGAAGAAACAACUCAGAAGAAUUCCCUAUCUAGCGCGUAUACGGAAUUUGAGCUUGCUGCCUCUGCAGGAUCUUGCACGGCAGGGUAUCACUUUUGAUAAAAUUCUGUUUCUGAAUGACGUUGUGUUCACGCCGAACGACGUUCUCCGACUUCUGGACACUAAUGACGGCGAAUAUGGUGCUGCUUGCUCGUUGGAUUUCUCCAAGCCUCCGAGUUUCUAUGAUACAUUUGCUCUCCGGGAUAGCAAUGGCCAUGAACCCAUCAUGCAGAAAUGGCCCUAUUUCAGUUCUGCGGCAUCGCGACAUGGAAUGAAAAAUAUGUCUCCUGUUCCUGUGGCAAGUUGUUGGAAUGGAAUGGGUAUGGUGACCUCCAUUCAAGAAAUCGUUGCAUAA